AUGUCUUUCUCAAAUGGGGGUGGCACUCUGGCCCUCCCAUCGCCAACCCACGCACAUCAUAUGGACGUCACGUCGGCCGUCCGCAGUCUCAGACGCUCCAUAUCAAGAUCACCGUCAAAAUUCUUAUCACGAACAAGCUCACAGAGCUCCGAAAAACUACGACAGGCUUCGCCACAGUCACCCUGCCGUCGUUUUGGAGCGACCCCUCAACGGCAACAUAUUGCACCGUCUUUGCCGCAGACAGCUCCGCCAGCUGUCACCUCCGCACACGCCACUCUAACUCACCAUUCCUCCAUCUCGACACCUGUAAGACCAAGUGUCCGGCUCUCACUGCGCUCUGCCAAGUCUGCCAAGUCGUCUUCAAACCUAUGCCGCCCAGUAGCUCGCGUCAAAGCAUCGCCAAAAAGUCCACUGAAGCGAGGCUUAAGUGCUGCUCCUGAUUCUGGCAAUCCGGUACAGCCGUCAGCGUUGCCCUCACCGCCCACUACGACAAACCAGCACGGCCAGGAAAAUAGUCCAUCCCCUCGCUCCGCUCCGGUUUCUGGAGACAAGCCGUCACGCCAUAGUUUUCAUUUGGAUGUGUCGGGCUCUUCCCAAUCCGCUGUCUUGAAGGCGUUGGAUACAGCGAGCAGCGAGCCGUUUAUGGUUUCAACCACGGGCGCAUUGAAGCGCAGUGAUGCGACUAUGAAUUUGGAUUACCCUAAUCAAGGCAGCCCGGUGGCAAAACGUCGCAGCUUGCACGGAAUCACGGGCCUUGGUCAGUCGGGAGACCUCAACGCAUUCGGUUCAAACACAUUUUCACAGGGAUUUGACAUCCACGAAGACUCAGCGCCGUCCGAGUAUGAACUCUCGGGAACAACCAAUGAUUUUGCAACAACCCGGCGCGAUCCGCUAGCUUCGCCAAGCCCAGUAUCCAAUCUUCCCAGGAGAUCGUCUUCUCUACGAAAAUCUACUUUACAGCAACGAUAUGGCGAUAAAGGGUCAUGGGGGAGACGGUCAGGCGAGAGACAACUAGCACAAAUGGGCGGGAAUAACUCCACCCCAGUCCGAAGUCGUCCUCGCCUUUCCACCGAUCAUUUUGUACCACCACAACCGUCCCGGGAUAGUCCAUUCAGCGCCGGCAGCCCACUUCCGAAUGCAUCCAUUCACCCAGUGGAAAACAAGGGACAUCAACCUCACCCUCUUUCCAAGACAUUGACAACUUCAAAUUCAGGCAACAGCUUGACAGAGGAGCCUACUUCAUAUGCGCCGGCUUCUAAAGCUGCUGAAAGGUCCAAGUCGCAUCCCUUUUCUCGAUCAUUGCCUCUGGCUUCCACCAGGCCUACGGCUCGCUCCACUGUUGAGCACACCAAAGCAGUCGCCACACCCAGUCGUUCUCAUCAGCUCUGGAUUGGUGCUUUCAACUCUACCGGUCUGAUUUCAAAGGUCAACCGCAACCCAGAGGAAGAAGCUGAUAAGAAGAUUGCACCACCCGACACUCCAUGCAAAAAGCACGCCAACCCUUUCGCAACCUACCCACCUCCAGUUGGCAGUGCAAUCAAGAGAAAGGGCAACAAUCGAAACUCCUUUGCCGGCGUACCGUCCACUCCGUUCCACCCAUUGUCGUCACUGGCUCCCGACACGUUUGGGCAGCCCACAAAAGGCCUUUCCAUCUUCCAACGUGGCUCAGCCUCCCAGGGAUCGCGUCGGGGCAGCAUCUUGAGCCUGGACGGCGAAGACCGGAGGCUUUUCUGCGACAUUACCGACGUAGGGAACCCGUCUGACGGAGACGUGCCCCCCACGCCUACCAAAGUAGUAGCUCUUACUCCGAGUCUGAGCAACCUCAGCGAACAGUCACUUGAAAGCCCAAGUGCUAACCGGACAUUCGUUUUGCCAUUAUCUGCUGUCAAACCUGCCGCAGGACGGUCGAGAGAAUCGACAAGAAGUCCCGUCGAUGGACGGCGUACACCACAAACUCCUCGAGAGACAUUGUUGCCCUCGGACACAAGCCGCCUGUCCAUGUCGCAAGCCCCUGACGGGUUCAAUGAGAAUAACAUGCCUCCUCCGGUUACCCCCACCACGGCCCGCGACUUUCGAUCAUCCACUAGCAUAUUUGUUACACCUGUGAAUGGUCGGACUAGCAAUGUGGACGUCGAUUCCAGCUUGCACUCGAGGUUCGACAAAGUCGAGCAAGUUGGCAAGGGCGAGUUUUCCACCGUGUACCGAGUUACCAAGCUUGAGCACCACAACACCUUUCCGUUUGACAGUCUUACGCCGAGUCACAGUGCCUCUCGGGCUCCCCGGAAGGGGCAAGUUUUUGCUGUGAAGAAGAGUCGGCACUCGUAUCAAGGACCAAAAGAUCGAGAGUCAAAACUUCGCGAAGUCCAAAUCUUGCAAGCAUUGACACAUGCCGAGCAUGUCCUUCAGUAUGUUGAUAGCUGGGAGCACAAUUUCCACCUCUACAUACAGACUGAGUUCUGUGAGGAAGGCACAUUGGAUAAGUUUCUUGGAAAUGUUGGUCGAGGUGGAAGGCUGGAUGACUUUCGUAUUUUUAAGAUCCUGCAAGAUCUAUGCUUGGGAUUGAAAGAAAUUCACCAGGCAGGGUACAUGCACUUGGAUAUGAAACCAGCGAACAUUCUCAUCAACUUUGAAGGGGCCCUGAAAAUUGGCGACUUUGGACUCGCCCAACCAUGUACCUCGACCGAAGGCGUAGAUGUUGAGGGCGACCGUGAGUACAUGGCUCCUGAAAUGCUUAAAGGCAAGGCCGGCCAGUCAGCCGAUGUCUUUUCGCUGGGCCUCAUAACCCUAGAAGCGGCUGCCAAUGUCGUACUUCCGGAUAAUGGGCCUACCUGGAUCGCUCUCAGAUCUGGGGAUCUUUCGGAUGUUCCCAGCCUCACUUGGACGCCCUCGCUGGAGACUCAGCGAGACGCCGCAGGCAAUGAGAUUGAGUCUGCCCACAGCGAUGAGCUGCAUGGUGGGAGAACUCACAGUGCCGGGAACCUCUUCGGGUCACUUAAGCGAUCAGAGUUGCACGGGCCGCCCAAGUUUAUGAUUCAGGCAUUUCAUCCCAGCUCAUUGGAUUCGAUCGUUCGGUGGAUGACGGCGCAAGAACCAGCUGACCGACCUCUGAUUGACCAAAUACUUGAGCUUGAAGGCCUGCGCUGGGUGGCUGAGCGUCGUACCGCCCCAGCAACUGUUUACGAAGGCAACUGGGGCCUUGCUGAGAUGUUCCCCGUCUCCAUUGCCGGAGAUAGCGAUACGGAAAUGACCGAUGUUUGA